UUCUUAAUACCAAAUUCAUUACCACAGAUAUUAGACAAUUAACAGAUUUAUUUAUUGAAAUUAAAAAAAUUUGUGGAAAUGAAGAUUUUGAUGAAGGAAGUGACGAUUUUGCAAGUAGAUAUACUAUUUUAGAUAAUAAAGCAGCUUCUGAAGCUUCAGAGAAAAAAAUAGCAAAAAUAGAUGAAUCUGAUGAAUCUCCAAAAUUUCCAACUUUAACUCGAACACACCGUUUCCUUGAAAACGUCGAUCAAAGAUUUUGA